AUGUACUUAAGUUCACAUUGUAAACAAAUUAAUGAGCUGGAUGAUGAGGACACGUUUAAGAUCCUGAUUGCGACAGACAUUCACCUCGGUUAUCUUGAGAAAGAUGCGAUCCGUGGCAGUGACACCUACAACACACUGGAUGAAAUCCUGAAUUGUGCAAAGACAAAUCAGGUUGAUUUCAUCCUCUUGGGGGGAGAUUUGUUUCAUGAGAACAAGCCGUCACGGCGGUGCCUCCACAGUAGCAUCACCAUGCUCAGGAAAUACUGCAUGGGAGACUCCCCGGUAACCUUUAACAUCCUCAGUGACCAGACCAUCAACUUCAACACAACCAAGUUCCCGUGGGUGAACUAUCAGGAUGAAAACCUGAACAUCUCUAUUCCUGUGUUCAGCAUUCAUGGCAACCAUGAUGACCCAACUGGGGCGGAAGGUUUGUGCGCACUGGAUCUGCUAAGUGCUUCUGGUCUCGUCAAUCACUUCGGCCACUCCCAGUCAGUGGAGAGGAUAGAGAUGAGUCCUGUCCUCUUGCAGAAAGGCAGCACCAAGUUGGCCCUUUAUGGUCUUGGUUCCAUUCCAGAUGAGCGGUUGUACAGGAUGUUUGUCAACAAGCAGGUUACCAUGCUUCGGCCCAAAGAAGACCUAGAUGAAUGGUUUAACCUGUUUGCCAUCCACCAAAAUAGGAGUAAGCACGGACCCACAAACUACAUUCCUGAGCAGUUUCUAGAUGACUUUCUUGACCUGGUGGUGUGGGGUCAUGAACAUGAAUGUUUGAUUACACCAUCCAGAAAUGAGCAACAGCUCUUCUACGUGACGCAGCCAGGCAGCUCUGUAGCCACCUCUCUGUCCCCUGGAGAGGCUGCCAAGAAACAUAUCGGACUGCUGAGAGUGAAAGGGCGUAAGAUGAACCUGCAGAAGAUCCCCUUAAAGACUGUUCGCCAGUUCUUCAUUCAGGAUGUGGUGCUGGCCGACUAUGAAGACCGUUUCACACCUGAUACACCUCAGGUCACAAAGAAGGUGGAGGACUUCUGCUAUGCAAAGGUCACAGAGAUGCUGGAGGAAGCAGAGAGGGAUAGGCUUGGAUGUCCGCUUACACCAGAGAAACCUUUAAUUCGACUGCGGGUGGACUACAGUGGAGGUUUUGAGACGUUUAACACCUCUCGCUUUAGUCAGAAGUUUGUGGACCGCCUGGCCAACCCAAAAGACAUCAUUCACUUCCUCAGGAAGCGUGAGCAAAAGGAGGACAUCAAAGAUGAGAUGAAUAUUGACUAUGGCAAGCUGAUAAAACCAUCUGCAGUUGAAGGCCUGAGGGUGGAGGACCUAGUUAAACAGUACUUUGAGGCAGCAGAGCAGAAGGUCCAGCUAUCCCUGCUGACCGAGCAGGGCAUGGGAAAAGCCAUUCAGGAGUUUGUAGACAAAGACGAGAAAGAGGCCAUCGAGGAGCUCAUCUCCUACCAGUUAGAGAAAACACAACGCCACCUUCAGGCCAGAGGAGUGAUCACAGAGCAGGAUAUAGAUGCGGAGGUUCGGCUGUUCAAAGACUCCAAAAAGAACACGACCGAAGAAGAGAACGACAUUAGAGAAGCCUUCAGUAGAGCCAAAGCUCACCGGAAGGAGCGUGGUGAUGUGGAUAGAGAUCACAAUAUGUCUGAUGAGCUUGCAGAUGUUCCCGUGAACUCCGAUGAUGAUAGUUCUGUUAUGUUUCCUGCUCCUGCACGAGGCAGAGGCCGAGGAGGGAGAGGAAGAGGAAGAGGAGGUCGAGGCAGGGGCAGAGGUGAGAGCGCUGCUUCAGAAGCAAAACCAGCUGGCCGUGCUCGUUCCCAGAAAUCUUCUGCAGCAAGCCAAAGCAGUAGCAUCAUGCAGGCCUUUCAGGUUGCGUCCUCGAGGUCUCAGGCUGGAGCCAGCAGAUCUUUUGCAGCAGAUGAAUUGACCAUAGAUGACUCAGAUGAAGAUAUUCCUAUCAGAGCCACUAAGCCACCUCCAAGGCCUUCAUCAUCAUCUUCCUUUUCGAAGUACAGUUCUCAAAGCCAGAGCCAGUCGUCCCGAGGAGUUACAUUUAACGAUAGUGAUGAUGAGGAUGAUCCAUUCAAAGGCUCCAAACGUUCUUCCAGAAGAUAACAAGUGCAUCUUUUACACGCC